AAAUACCUUGCCCACCUUGAACUAGAAAUACAUUGCACACCUUGAACUUCAAUCCUUCCACACCAUCAACAUUUGUUGCAAAAAUUUCGUUUUAAAUCUUUCAUUUGUUCAGCACAAAAAAUGGCAGGUGAUCAAGAUAUUUCAUUUUAUUUUGAUCUGUAUGAAGAUGACUACCAAGAAUUUAUUUCUAAAGUAAGGGAAGCGCUAAAAUACUCAACGUCCCAUAAUAUCCCAAUGUUGAUGCCGCAGACACAGCCCCUGAGCUGGCUGGAUCUUCACCUAACUUCCGGUGAAGCCACCAUCAUCUUAAGAAUGGACAGGAGAAACUUAUACUUGCGCGGAUAUUCCAGAGACGGCGGCCAAACAUUCUGGGAGUUCUCAGAUUCUUCCCUGAUUCCCGGAUCCAGACACCUCACUUACAGUGGGAGCUACGCGAGCCGUACAGAUUCCGGCAGCACACUUGUGGGUGUUGCCGGAACUACUCGUAGGAAAAUAUAUUUGGGUCAGCAGAAUUUGGUGGACGACAUUCGUAACCUCGCAAGAACCGAAGACCCGACCACCGGCGGCGACGAUGUGUCUAGGUGCGCUAAAGCGCUGCUCCGCUUGAUUCAAAUGUUUCCUGAGUCGAUCAGGUUUCAGUCCAUCACCCGACACAUCGCCACAAAUUGGGACAGCUCUGCUCAGCUAUCCGAGGAACUCGUGUUGCUGCAGAACGGUUGGGGCACUCUGUCCAGCGCCGUCCAGCGGGCGGACGAGCCCUGUUGGACUCCGGCCACGCCCCUACCCAAUAUCCCAUCCACAAAUAAUCCCAUAAACAUUUGGACUGUGGGUCAAGCUGCCGUUGCACUUGGGAUCAUGCUCUACAAGGGCCGCCAUGUCAACCUCAUGCUCCUUGCCAACGAACAACUCGCCACCGUCCCGGAAACCGUUGGCGGCGCAUCCUAUUUCCGUACAUUCCUCACCGUCAAUUAUGUACGUGUGUUGAACAUUGAUGGAGAGAAUCCCGGUGACCUCUACGGUACCGUAAAGGUCACUGACUUCUGGGGCGAACACACCGUGUAUGACAGGGCUUCCGGUGACACCGAAGAGGUAUAUCCACAAGGACUGAUAACGCUUACUGGUCCUUCAACUCCCAUUGAUGCUGACGAUUCCGUCACUAUUAGUGUGAGUUUAAAGGACCACGACACUUUGUCCCCGGACGAUGAGAUUGCAGAGGGAGUCAUUGUUUGGGAACCCAGAAAUGAGAAUCUAACAUUCGCCAACUACGGCAAGCUUUUGGAGAAGGUGGUGAAAGGACAGUACGGCAGCGUUGCGGUUGGUUACUCUGUCACAAGAUUCGCUAUGAAUGCCACCGUUAGCGUGGUGUUGAUCGACGGAGACGGAGAGUCACCUGCGGAUGUGUAUGGAACCAUCAAAGCCACCUCCGUACCUGCAGACGAUGGUUCUCCAUCAUUGAUCACUUUGUUUGAGAAAUCGGCAGGUGACUGCAUCAAAGUCAACCCCCAGGAGGAAAUUCCGUUGACUCGAUCUGCUGUGGUGGUUCCAAUGGAUGACGGGGUGACCAUUUCUGCGUAUCUGUAUGAUCAUGAUUCAGUCUCAGCUGUUGAAAUAUUUAAGUAAAUUAUUAUUUCUCAUUAUUUGAUAUGUAAUGUUCCCGUUAGUGUAAACAUGUUUACAUGGGUUACGUGCUUUGCAUGGCCCAUGCACAUGUCUCCUUCAAUUCUCUUCCUUCACACUUAUGUAAUAUAUAUACCAUACGUAUGCUAU